AUGCUUUACUUGACAUUCCUCUCUAAGCUCGUGGGACGUAAGGUAUACGUGGAGCUCAAGUCUGGGAUGCAGAUGCACGGAGUACUUCUAGCUUCUGACAACUUUGCCAACCUGUCUCUGGAUAACCCCGUCAUCUAUGGCUCUGACAUCUCCUUUACACACGUUUCUGGCGGCCGAAGAGUAUUCAUCCGAGGGUCUGCAAUUCAAUUUCUUUAUCUGAAUGAUGUGGAGGGUGAUGAGUCGUUGUCCCUCCGUGCACUGGCCGAUGACUCGCGCAUUAACUGGGCCAAAGAACACCACAGCCAAGAGAACCUGGCUACCUAG